AUGUCGAUCGCAGGGUUUGCAAUCUUUCGCUGUGAAGAAAUGGGAACCAUUGCUGAGAAUCAGAGUUUGGAGGCCGUAUUAGACCUUAACAGAAAGCUGAACAAGGAAGUGGAAAGCCUUAAAAGCAGAGUUAUCGAACUUGAAGAAGAGCUUGCUCUACUUAGGUCCGUUGCAGGAUCGACGCUUCCAAAUAGCAAAAAUAUCGAGCAUAAUGUAGAGAAUAGUAAAGCGACUGGGAGUCAACAACUAUCUCUGCCCGAGUAUUUGCGAUAUGGACGGCAAUUAAUAUUACCCGGAUUUGGACUGCCAGCUCAGCUGAAGUUAAGAUCCGUAUCCAUAUUGAUUGUCGGUGCUGGCGGAUUGGGCGCGCCUGCAGCAAUGUACCUUGCAGCAGCAGGAGUCGGUCAUUUGGGAAUCGUAGACUAUGACAAUGUUGAAACGUCCAACCUCCAGCGGCAGGUAAUUCAUAGUGAAUUCCGGCAGGGUCUUUCAAAGGCAUAUUCGGCAAAAAUGUCCGUCGAAAGGUAUUCUCAUAGGUUCUUAACCCCUGACAAAGAUGUAAAUCAUAUGUGUAUAGCAUACAAUAUUCUUCUCGAUAGUUCAAAUGCUCUGAAAAUAAUAAAGGCAUACGACAUAAUUGUCGACGCUACGGAUAAUGUGGCUACUCGAUAUCUGCUCAAUGACGCGUGUGUAAUUACAGGAAAACCAUUAGUGUCUGGAAGUGCUUUAAGAAUGGAUGGCCAGCUGACUGUAUACAAUUAUAAAAAUGGACCAUGCUAUCGAUGUCUAUUUCCUAAACCACCUCCACCAGAGACAGUAGUGAAUUGUUCUGAUGGUGGUGUUCUGGGCGCGGUCACUGGCGUUAUCGGAAGUCUACAAGCAUUGCUAGCAAUCAAAAUAGCUGUUGGCAUGGAUGAUCCAUCGGAACCACACAACUUGUUAAUAUUCUCGGCUAAUUCGUAUCCGCCCUUUCGCUCAAUCAAAUUACGAGGGAGAAAGAAAGAAUGUGCAAUAUGCGGCGACAAUCCAACUAUAAAAGAAUUGCAAGAUUAUGUCCAAUUUUGUGGAAGCGGUGCUUUGGACAAGAGUCCGGAAACAAUGCUUCUUACGCCAGAAGAAAGAAUAGAUCCAAAGACCUAUCAUUCGUAUAAGGAACAAAAUAUUCCACAUCUGCUUCUAGACAUUCGUGAUGAGACCCAGUUUGGCAUUUGCAGCCUACCAGAGUCGUUAAACAUUCCAUUAUCUGAACUUCCAAGGAGGAUAGACGAGGUUAAAAAUGCGUUACCUUCUUUGAAAACACCAGUGUAUGUAAUAUGUCGGCGGGGCAACGAUUCUCAACCUGCUGUAAGGAUCUUGAAGGAAAAGUUACAAGGAACAGUAAAGGAUAUAAUCGGCGGGCUGCAUAGAUGGGCGACAGACGUUGAUGAAAGCUUUCCAAUAUAUUGA